ACGUGAAGAUUUUAGAAAUGUCUCUUUCUCGAUUCUUGUAUUUUUCAACUAAUUCUGGAGCCAUUAGAAGUAGAUUAGUAACGAGAAGAGUAUUUUCAACUAGGGACUCAUUGCUGAGACGUCAAGUAAUAAAAAGGAAGAAAGAGAGUAGCCUAUCUUCAGCAUUGAGCCUUUUUGAAGAAUUGGUGAGUAAAGAAAGCAACAAGGAAGAAGCUAUACACUCAACACUCAGCACUCUAAUUCACUUCUGUGAGAGAGAAAAUGAUCAAGUAGGAGGAGAAGAAGUGAUGAGAAUGAUUGACAAAUAUUGUCCAGAGCCAAGUGCUCCAUUAGUAACAGCUGCAACUCAUUAUUUAUUAACAACAAAAGACAGAGAAAGGCUGUGGGCUUGGUACGAUCGCCAUAUGAAGAAUACUCCACUAAGAGAGAAAGUUUCUUUAAAUCUGCUACAAUUUGCAAUUGAUGAUAAAAAUAAAGAGAGAGUGAAGGAAAUAUUAGAGAAACAUAAUCAUAGCAAUAUUGAUGAUGAUCUGAUCCAGCCAUUAAUGGAACUAGCUGCAGAGAAAGAGAGAAAAGGAGACCAAGAUUGGAGAAAAAUCGGUUACAAUUUGAUGGAAAAAGUAUCCAGUAAUCGAAUAUUAAUUAAUAAGAGCACAGCAAUGUGCAUUGUAAAGUGGUUGACAAGUAUGUGGGGCGGAGAUGAGCACAUUUCUGUUACUGAAACUUUAAUUUAUGACAAUGGGAUUUGUAGCAAUUGCAAGCGUAAAAUCAAAGAGAAUAAAUUAACAAAAAGUGAACACUCUUUACUGCUACAACAUGCACAAGAGAUGCUACUCAAGGAGCCUUAUUCAUAUGAAAAUGGAAAAUUAGAGGAAAGAGAAAUUAAAAAUUUUUUGAAACUUUGUAAAAUAUAUGGUCCAUUCGGUGUCAUAAUAGAUGGUCUGAAUAUUCUAUUGGAACAUGCAGAUAUACCGGGAGGGGGCAAUAAAAGCUAUGGAAAACUUAUUUCCUUGUGUAACUGGGCUACUAGUUACCAACCUUUGCCAGUUAUGGUGAUUGGAAGAGCUCACAUGAAAUCAGUAGUUGGAACUAUAACAACAAAGCUUCCACUGAAUGUGCAUUUGUUUUAUACCAGCAACAGGGUUGCUGAUGAUCAUUAUUUCAUCCAUGGGUCACUCUCAAGUGGACGGGAUACCUUAUUCAUAACUAAUGAUAAACUUGGAGAUCAUGUUGAAAAGAUUGAUAAAUCUUUAGUACCAGUUUUUCAAAAAUGGCUAAGAUCAACUCGUGUGGGACACACUCAUGGCAAAAAACCAUACUGGAGAGGGUUAGAGAUACCACGUCCCUAUGAGCUUACAACACAAUGGACUGAUGAUGACUGCUGGCACAUACCAACCACUGAUGACAACUGGUACUGUGUUAAAAGGAUUUCUAAUGAAAUGUUGACAGUAAAUGAGAAUUGAGAAGCAUGUUGCUUUCAACUGUGUUUCAAUUUGAUCUCUUUAUUCAAAUCAAAAUAACAUCAACUAUUAUUAUUAUUAUUAUUAAUAAUACAGAGAGUCUCUUUCCUCUUUUCUUAACA